AUGCGUUUUUCCGUUCAAAUACUUACCGCGGUGUCGCUCUAUGCGUCCCGCACAUUUGCCUUGGGAUCCCUUGGUUUCAACCUCGGUGUCCAGAACAACGACGGUUCUUGUAAAACCGCCAGCGACUAUGAGUCCGAUCUGGAUACGCUUUCCGCUUAUACCAGCACCAUAAAGGUGUACUCCGCUGCGAACUGUGACACUCUUCAGAUCUUUGGUCCUGUCGCAGAAGCCGCGGGGAUAACCAUUGUCCUGGGAAUCGCUGCUACCGGCACCUACGACGAGGAGAAGGCUGCCUUGCAGUCAUAUCUGCCAAAUCUCAAGAAAAGCACUAUCGAGUUUAUUGGUGUGGGUUCAGAAUCGCUUUACAGAGCCGACAUCACAGCUGAUGAUCUGGCUUCUGAGAUCAGCGAGAUCCAGGAUUUGAUCGCUGAUAUUGAGGACUCCAAUGGUGACAGCUACAAAGGUACCAAGGUUGGAACCGUUGAUUCGUGGAACAUUUUGGUGGAUGGAGCCAACGCUGCCGUCGUUAAGGCUUCAGAUGUGGUUUACGCCAAUGCCUUCUCCUACUGGCAAGGCCAGACCAUGAAGAACAACCACCAAGGGAUCCACCGAUAUUGA